AUGCCACCAGAUCCAGCGAUUCUCGCUUCAGUGAGUGGAUGCGCAAAGACUGAAGUACCUCGACUGGCCAACCGAGUUUCCAAUAAGCAGGUCGACAGUCAAGAAGACAAAAAGGAGAUACCCUCCCUGGCCACAAUACGCAUCAACACGUCAACAACUGACGCGGAAUCGAACAACACCAUCCAAGUCUCACGCGUAACGACCUCGCUUGCAACGGAGAAAGAAGACCUCGUCGGAGCAUUGAAACUCAUCGCAGAAUCCAUCGCCCAACAACGCCAAGUUGCCGCCCGGUCGAUUAUACAUCACUGGCUCAGCUGGGUUGUGAUGGGGAUAGUCUUCGCCGGCAUCUUCUUCGUUAUGUACAACGAUCCCUCCGAUUGCGGCCGUAUAAUCUUGACCUGCACCGGGGCUCUGAUGGUCGGGCUCCUUCUUACAAGAAAUUCUGUGGCCGGGUAUCUCGAUCUAGCCGAAAACACUGGAACAUGGAAGUGGCUGUACGGUCCAGAUGAAAGUGAGAAUAUUCGGAGUGCAGAAAAGUGGAGAAAUUAUCGCCCGCCGAAGAAACACCAGCUUGCCAUUGAGAAUGCUUACGAUAUUGUUGUGAUCGUUCGAUACCAAAGCGCUGUCAUUGCUACCCUCGUUCUCAGAGUCGUGCGCUGUGACCAACCAAAUUCCAAGUCGGAUAUUCAGAGCACCGCAUCGCAACGACCGAUAGGACAGAACCAUGCUGCUUUCAUCCGCGCAUUGACCGUCGCAUAUCGGUACAGAUACCUUGGACUUGGAGGUGCUCUUCUUCGUGUUGCUGUUAUGAUGCGUGAAAAAAACAACUGGAAAUCGAUCGAAUUCGCUGAUCGACACGCAAUGUCGCCGCAGGUGCUCCCUAAGCACUUCAUCUUCUCUUCUAGCGGGCUAGCCAGGGCGUGGGUGGAUCGUCUUCGGGAUAUGGUUUUAGAGUACCAACAAGGCUCCGCCGAAUUUCCUUGGCUCCUGGAUGAGGACCAUAAGGCCCGCGAUGGAAGGUUGCCCCCGUACCUACAGCUCGACGUUCAAUUUGAGAAAUUGAAAGCGGCCCAGAUUUCGGGGGAGCUGUUGUCGUCGUAUUCCAACUAUCCUAGUGAGCACUGGUGA